AUGGAUGCCGAUGUCGAUGCUAUCGACAUCAACGAUGAUGACGAUGAUGCUGGUAUAUUCAGCGUCGCCAACGACUGCCACAGUGCGGACGAUGAAGCCCUCACUGAUGAGGACAACGUUCUAUCAGCAAUGCGCUUUGUACGCACUGCUGUUAACGAGGAUGAAGCAGCAGAGGAAUUUUAG